UUUGAUAAAGUAUAGAUUAUAAACCUACACCCCCUUCAAAAAAGAGGUAUCGUGUCAUAUUAUUCCUGGAACAGCAUAUCAUUCAUAAUCAGAUCUGUCCUUUUCAACUUUACAGUGUAAUCUACCACGAACCCGCCAAGUUUUACGCGUUUACUGCUGCAACAAUUUAAUAAAACCAUUAAACUGCAUUUGUAUCCGUUUUACGUUAAAACUCGACGCCGCCCCUCUGCAGGAUUUGCACAGGAAAUGUCACAUGUAAAAACGGACCAUUGCACUACGCUGUCCUGGUUUUUAUCCGCGUCCGAGCCUAAGUUUGUUUAGUCAUAAUAAUAUUAUUCUUUGGCCAUUGUACCCGGAGAUUCUGACAGCCAGAGAUUCUUCGUAGGACUGGACGGGAUGGAAUCCUGUACGAGCCGGAAUAAGGACAGAAUAUAACUGAGCGUUUCCCCCUUGCAGUAUCGUUGUUUUAUUGGAAGAGCAACCAUAGGCUGAUCAUAAAUACAAUUUUUAUUUCAUAAUUACAAAUUUUAUUUCCUAAGGUGAACCAUAGUGCAGACGUUUUUUUUCAUCGCUGGUCUCUAUUUGCUACCAUUUCAAAAUAUUACAGGUGCGAAAGUGCUAGUUUUGCCCUGUUGAAGUAUCGAAGACACUUCUGCGUGGUAACUGGGCACACCUUCGCAGAAACAGAACAUUUGCCAUUGGCCCUGACUGAUCCGAAGACAUGAGCGCAGCAGAGAAGCCGCCGCUACUCCAGCUCACUUGGCGCGAGAUCCAAGAGAAGGGCGGUAGGUCCGAGGAAAGAUGGCUUGUGAUUGACAGGCUUGUGUAUGACAUCACCCAUUUCCGAUGGCGUCACCCAGGAGGAUCCAGACUCAUCGGACACUACGCUGGCCAGGAUGCAACGGAUGCGUUCAAAGCCUUCCACAUUGACAGCCAGCUCGUGAGGCGCUACCUGAGGCCUCUGCUUAUCGGAGAACUGGGCCCCCAAGAGCCCAGCCAGGAACCCAGCAAGGACCGGUCGCUGGUGGAGGACUUUCGACGGCUGCGGGAGGUAGUGGAGGGCUUGGGGCUGCUGGGACCAAGGCCGCUGUUCUUCGCUGGCAUGCUGCUGCACAUCCUGGCUCUGGAUGUGGCUGCCUGGCUCAUACUGUGGCUGUGGGGCCCCAGCUGGGUGCCCUUCAUUGUCACUGCUAUCCUGUUGGGCACUGUACAGGCUCAGGCUGGCUGGCUUCAACAUGAUUUCGGACAUCUUUCAGUGUUUGGGACGUCCCGCUGGAACCACCUGGCACACCGUUUUGUGAUUGGACACCUCAAGGGGGCCCCUGCUAGCUGGUGGAACCAUCUGCAUUUCCAGCACCACGCCAAACCCAACUGCUAUCGCAAGGACCCUGACGUUAACCUGCACCCUCUGCUGUUCACUCUGGGAGCUACACUAUCCUUUGAGUUGGGAACACAGAAGAAAAAAUACAUGCCUUACCAGCAUCAGCACAAGUAUUUCUUCCUCUUGGGGCCUCCAGCUCUCAUCCCCGUGUACUUCCAGUGGUACAUCUUCUACUUUGUAACAAAGCGUCGCCAGUGGCAGGACUUGGCCUGGAUGAUGUCAUUCUAUAUUCGGUUCACCCUGUGCUACUUGCCUCUUCUUGGCCUGCCUUCAUUCAUCGCCCUGUUCUUCCUGGUCAGGGUUCUGGAGAGUCACUGGUUUGUGUGGGUCACUCAGAUGAACCAUAUCCCAAUGCACAUUGACCGAGACCAAAACAAAGACUGGGUGACCAUGCAGCUUGAGGCCACCUGCAAUGUGGAGCAAUCCCUCUUCAACGAUUGGUUCACUGGGCACCUGAACUUCCAGAUUGAACACCAUUUAUUCCCCACCAUGCCAAGGCACAACUACCACGCUGUGGCACCUCUUGUGCGGUCUUUCUGUAAGAAACAUGGCCUGUCCUACCAGAACAAGAGCCUCUACACCGCCUUCGCUGACAUCGUCCGGUCACUUAAAUCCUCUGGCGAGAUUUGGAUGGAUGCUUACUUGCACAAAUGAGAGAUCACAUGACAUCUCUCUAACAAAUAAGAAGAAAAGAAAAACAGAAGUAACUGACACUGCCUCUCGAAAUGACAAGAAUGAAAAGAAAAACCACAAAGCCUCUAACCCAAACUCCCACAUCCUGUUCUCCACCCCAGAUGCUCUCUUAGUACUGUUAAAGGUGCAGUGCCUAAGUUUGUUUUUACAACACUUUUGUUCAUACUUGGUUAAAUUUCCUUCACAUCCCAAAAGAUGUCAAUAAAUUAAAACCUUUAAGAAAAAAAUCUGGUCUCUCUGACUGCCCCAGGCUCUGAAAUCGACCACCCUAAAUUUUGCAGCUCUUGAAUCUUAUCAACCAAUCAGGACAGCUCUCUGCAAAGAGGCUUCUGAACCUGCUUGUCAACCCUGUUGCACGUUCACGGCACUGCGAGAGCAGGAAGAGCGGGGCUACACUGAUAAGAGCAGAGCAGGGAUACUGCAGAGAUGGUGCUGAAGCUAGACCUCCAAACCAUGCAAAAACUCUGGUGCUACCAUGUCAUCUUACAUUUAAAGCCUUUUAAACUAUAUUUUUACUCUGAAUUUCACAUUAAGAUAAUGAAAUAAAAGACAUUUUUUAGAGUGAAAUCAGGCAAAACCCAAUACAUUAGCUUGUAGCUGCGAAAGCAGCUGAUGCGACAACUAAGCUUACAUACUGCACCUUUAAAGGUAUACUAUGCAGGAUUUUUAGCUUGAAAAUAUUACAAGAUACUGUACAGUAACCAUGUUCACUCAUAUCUAUGAUGUACUGGCAGUUUCUGUCUUUGCACACAUUUGCUGAAUCUGGUGGAAUUGCUUUUCCUCGAUGGUGACAGCUGAAGUUCACAAAGGGGAUGAAUGUUUUAAUGGAGUUGGCGUGUUUUCUGUCAGACCUGUAAGUAAAGUUACCUCUACCUAUCCAGCUAGCCACAUUAGGUAGCCAGAUGGCUGAAGGUGGGUACUUAGGGUGAGUGGGAGGGGUUGAAGGAUAGUGGGGAGGAGACCUCUUUUGCAAAUAUGGUACCACAGAAAAAGGCUAAAAAAUCCUGCAUAGUAUGUCUAAGCUCAUUAUUUUAGUACUAUAAGGUUAACCUGGUCAUGCGAAUAGCACUGUAAGGUUAACCUGGUUAGGCUUGUAGUCAUGCGUAUGAUCUACAUCUCCAGUUUGAUUGCAGUUCACAUAUACAUUUACUUGGGAGGUACUGUACUUUGUAUUUUUUUAACAAGAUGUAAUUUUUUUAAAUCCCAUCUCCAAGAGCUGCCAGAGCACAUAUUGGCUCUACGGAGUAAUGACAUAAUAUUCUUAGGUCUGUUUAAAAGUGUGUGAGAAAAACAUGGUAAUCAGGAUGUUUUGGUUUUGUUUGGAGGGAUGAAAUAAUAGUAGUAUGAUAUUAAUUCAGCCAAUUUAAAAAUUAUAAAGUCCUUCAGCAUAUUAUAUGCAAAAAGUUUGAUUGUGAAAAUAUUCAUUGAAUUCAAUAAAGCACUGAAUACAAUGA